CCUCGACCGCCACAGAACGCAAAGCAAAAAGGCCACGGGCAUUCUCGCCCUCGCCUCAUCAAUUUCUAGGGUUUCGAUCGCCACCAGUCGGAGGCGAUAAGCAUCCAAACACUAGUUUCUCCUCCCCUAUCGACCCCAUGGGGAAUCACUUAUAGCAGUAAGAAUCAGUUGAAUCCCUCUUUGAACUGGAUUUGGAUUUGGGUUUUCUAGGGUUUUGUUGAGGAUGCCGAUGGACGAGGGUUUGCUCGACGACAUCAUCAGGCGACUUCUCGCGGCGAAGAACGGGAGGACGACGAGGCAAGUUCAGCUGACGGAGCCUGAGAUCAGGCAGCUGUGCCUCGCUUCCAAGGAGAUUUUCAUCGGUCAGCCCAAUCUCUUGGAGCUCGAAGCUCCCAUCAAGAUUUGCGGGGACAUCCACGGUCAGUACUCUGAUCUUCUUCGUCUAUUUGAGUACGGUGGCUUGCCUCCGGAAGCAAAUUAUCUGUUCCUAGGUGAUUAUGUUGAUCGUGGCAAGCAAAGCAUUGAAACCAUAUGCCUUCUUCUUGCAUACAAGAUAAAGUAUCCUGAGAACUUCUUUCUCUUGAGAGGAAACCAUGAGUGUGCUUCCAUUAAUCGUAUAUAUGGUUUCUACGAUGAAUGCAAAAGAAGGUUUAAUGUUCGUCUGUGGAAAGUUUUCACUGAUUGUUUUAAUUGCCUUCCGGUUGCUGCACUUAUCGAUGAGAAAAUUCUUUGCAUGCAUGGGGGUUUAUCUCCUGAUCUGAAGAAUUUGGACCAGAUAAGGAAUAUUGCUCGACCAGUUGAUGUACCAGAUCAAGGCCUUCUUUGUGACUUGCUGUGGUCUGAUCCUGAUAAAGAUAUUGAUGGUUGGGGCGAAAAUGAUAGAGGCGUCUCCUAUACCUUUGGUCCUGAUAAGGUGGCUGAAUUCCUUCAGAAGCAUGAUAUUGAUCUCAUUUGCCGAGCUCAUCAGGUCGUUGAAGAUGGUUAUGAAUUUUUUGCAAAGCGCCAACUUGUGACUAUAUUUUCUGCCCCUAACUACUGUGGGGAGUUUGACAAUGCUGGUGCAAUGAUGAGCGUUGAUGAUACCUUGACAUGCUCCUUUCAGAUCCUUAAACCAUCUGAUAAAAAAGGAAAGUUUGGAUUUGGGAACAUGUCAAAACCAGGAACACCUCCAAGAAAGGGUGGGAAAGGUUGAAAAGCUGUCAUGGCUAACCUUCUGGUGGAUUGAGGGGAGCUCUCGGCAGACAUUGGGGGAAGCAGGAAACCUUUCGACUCCCUUCUUAUUAUCUCCUAAUCACCCAUAAAGGAUGCAGGUGCGAGUAUAUUUUGGGCAAUUGAACAGAAGCUGCUCUCUUAAAUUAUGUGUUAAAGAAACUAGCCUGUAAGCGUAAGCUGUAAAUCUUUAUUUGGAAAGUAUGAUUAUUCGGUCCUUGAUAUAAUCAACUUCUGCUGUAGUGCUUAGGGUACUCAAUGUCCUCAAAGUAAACCAACUUAUGCUUCCAAUUACAGCUCUCCUGCCUUUCAUUGCAGCAGGCUGAGGUGUUACAUUCAUAGUAGUAUGAAAGAUAAUUGCCUUUGACAGGUGCUGAA